AUGGCAGGCACGCGACAAUUACCAUGCCUCUCGCUCGAAGCCGCGAAAGUCGCGGCAGCAGCAGCGGAGGAGAAGGCAAGGCAGAUGGGCAUUGACUUCAACAUAGCCCUAGUAGACAGCACCCUUCAACUCCUCCACUUCACACGCAUGCCCAACGCUAAACUCACCUCCGUCCCAAUCUCCAUCGAUAAAGCCUUUACGGCUGCUGGCCAUCGCGCACCGACAUCGAAUUACUCGAAUAAGAAUUUCUUGCCUGGUGGGCCGGCGUACGGGAUUCAUAAUUCUAAUGGAGGGAGGUUCAUGUUGAUUGGGGGUGGGAUCCCGAUUAUGGUUGAUGGGGUGGUGGUGGGGGCUAUUGGGGUCAGUACCGGGACGCCGGCGCAGGAUGCGGAGGUUGCGCAGGCGGGUGUUGAUGCUGUGGAGAAGUUGGUUAAGAGGAAGACGGGGGCUAAGUUAUGA